AUGGCUGAAGCACAUUGCAGCACUACCCAGAGCACAUCCAUCCAUCCUAUUUCAACUACACACAGGCCACCUCCCACUCGCGUGACACUUACACAUCAUCAACCGAGCUGUAACGCCAGUCUGCCCCUGCUGUCACAGGGAGGACAAAUCGGUCCGCCACUACCUCCUACAUUGUCCAGCACACGCGAACGCCUGAGGGAACUUACUACGACGGGCAGGCCAACACACGCAGGAUUUGGAGAAGCUGCUAUCACAACCUGA